GUACGGUAAUAAAAUAAGGCCGGUCACCGCCGUUGAAGAAACUUCCCCCACGCCUCCAAAUGAGAUCAAAUCUUUGAUCUAUUCGAACGGCUGAGAUUUAAGCAGCACUUCCGCGUUUCCAUAUUUGUAUUUUUAAUACCCAUUUCUCUGAGACUCGCCCACUCCUCCUUGCUUCCUCUACGGCAAUUUCGAAUAUCUCUCUAUUAUCUCUCGCUCGCUCGAGAGUCGCGAUCUGAAGCAGCAGAGGCAGAUCUGAGAGGAAGUCGGAAAAGAAUUAUCCGGAACCGGAGUUUUCGUGAUUGCUGGAUCUCUGUCUCUCUCAAGUUUUAUCCGAUUCUCGCGCGGCUAUUGUGCCAUUCGAUCUGAUUCAGCUCUGCUUUGUUCCAUCGAGUUCGGUCUUUGUCUUUCUUUGUUCAGUCAACCAUCAGAUCGGAGUCUUAACAGGUUAGAUCUAUAAAAAGCCCUAAAAACGUUAAAUUUGCUUUUUCCCUGUUCACUGUUUCGAGUUUUUCGUCGCAUUGUGUUGAGGAUUUUGAUUACAAGUAUCCGUGGAGCUGUUUCGGGUUUAUGAACUGCGAAGAUCUUUUGUGUUGGAGCUUUAUUUUUUGACAAAAAAUCGAUCUAAGUAGCAGACUAGAGAAGGCUGGUGACAGCAGUCGGUGGUGAUGGCACCGAGCACGAUCAGGAAGGCGAUCGGAGCCGUUAAGGACCAGACGAGUAUCGGAUUAGCGAAGGUUGCUAGUAAUACGGCUCCGGAGUUGGAGGUUGCCAUCGUGAAGGCCACCAGCCACGAUGAUGAUCCGGCGGACGAGAAGUAUAUCAGGGAGAUCUUGAACUUUACUUCUAAUUCGAGAGGUUAUGUAAACGCCUGUGUGGCUAUGGUUUCUAGGCGGCUCGGCAAGACUCGGGAUUGGAUCGUGGCGCUCAAGGCACUGAUGGUCGUGCAUCGGUUGUUGGCCGAUGGAGAUCCCGUUUUUCAGCAGGAGGUCCUUUACGCCACCCGGCGAGGGACUCGCCUACUUAACAUGUCUGAUUUUCGCGAUGAGGCUCAUUCUAAUUCUUGGGAUCAUUCUGCUUUUGUUCGGACUUACGCCCUGUAUCUCGAUCAGCGUCUCGAGUGUAUAAUGUACGAGCAAAAACAGAAAGGAAGCGUCAGCGGCGAUGAUCGGGUUGCGCCGCGAGAGGAUCGAUUUAGGUCGCCACCGUCGCGGUAUGAUUAUGAUUAUGGAGAGUUCAGAGAUGAACCGGGAUAUGGUGGGAUGCGUCGGUCGAGGUCUUACGGUGAUGUGAACGAAUCGAGACGGGAGGAAAAGAAGCCACCUACCCCACUCAGGGACAUGAAGCCCGAGAGAAUUUUGGGUAAGAUGAGUCAGCUGCAACGACUUCUCGAUCGGUUCUUGGCUUGUCGUCCCACGGGAGCGGCUAAGAACAGUAGAAUGGUUCUCAUUGCACUGUAUCCCGUCGUUAAGGAGAGUUUCCUGCUCUAUGCGGAGAUCUGUGAGAUAUUGGCAGUGUUGCUUGAUAAGUUCUUUGACAUGGAAUACCCUGAUUGUGUGAAAUCUUUUGAGGCCUAUGCCAGCGCGGCGAAGCAGAUAGAUGAACUUGUAGCUUUCUACGGGUGGUGCAAGGACACAGGGGUUGCAAGGUCGUCGGAGUACCCGGUGGUGCAGAGGAUUACUGACAAGCUCCUGGAGACACUGGAGGAGUUUAUGAGGGACAGAGCAAGGAGGCCAAAGAGCCCGGAGAGAGUCCGUGAGGCACUGCCACCCCCUCAAGAAGAGGAGCCGGCACCCAAUAUGAAUGAAAUAAAAGCACUUCCUCCACCAGAGAAUUACAGUCCUCCACAGCCUGAGCCUGAGUUUAAAGCGCAACCACCACCACCACCAGCAGCACCGGUGGCACAGGACUUGGUGGACCUAAGGGAUGAUGGCACGUCUGCUGAAGAUCAGAGCAACAAGUUGGCCCUGGCUUUGUUUUCUGGACCGGCUAAUGGCAAUGCGAAUGGGUCUUGGGAAGCAUUCCCCUCAAAUGGAGGACAGAAUGAAGUAACCUCAGCCUGGCAGACACCGGCAGCUGAACUUGGAAAGGCGGAUUGGGAAUUGGCUUUGGUGGAGACUGCAAGCAACUUAUCAAACCAGAAAGCCACAUUGGGUGGUGGGUUGGAUCCCUUGUUACUUAACGGCAUGUAUGACCAAGGCGCAGUGAGGCAGCACGUGAGCACUGCUCAAUUGACCGGAGGAAGUGCGAGCAGUGUGGCAUUGCCUGGGCCUGGGAAGAGUGCAACACCGGUACUGGCCCUUCCAGCCCCAGACGGGACAGUCCAGGCAGUGGGUAAUCAGGACCCAUUCGCGGCGUCUCUGAACUUCCCAGCGCCGUCAUAUGUGCAGAUGGUAGAUAUGGAGAAGAAACAACAAUUGCUUAUGCAGGAACAGCAGCUUUGGCAGCAAUAUGCGAGGGAUGGGAUGCAAGGCCAAGUCAGUUUGGCCAAAAUCAGUGGCGCUGGAUAUGCUGCAGGUCCACCACCAAUGAUGCCAUAUGGAAUGCCACCGGCGGUCAAUGGCAUGGGAGCCGGCGGGUACUACUAUACACCCUACUGAUUUUUCACCCUACUGAGACUGAUUUUUGCUAAAACCAUGUAUGAAUUGAUGCUGCAAGUCUUUUGCAUUUGUUGUUCCUGUUCCUUUCAAUUAUAUAUGUUUAUUUGUGCACUUAGUUGUGUGUUGGGAACGGAGGAAAGGGGAGGCAGGAGUAAGAACUGUGUUCAUCUUACCUGGGAUUUUGUUAUAGUUGUUGAAUAUGUAUCCAUGAGAAAAUUUCCAAUUUCUUUUGUUAUUUGUUAGCUUAUAUUGGGAUCUUAGGUUUCUGUUCUUGUA